AUUUUUGAUCCACCGGAGGAGCUGGAGAGGAAGGUGCGGGAGCUGGCGGACUUGAUCAGGAGUUCCUCCAAUGUGGUGUUUCACACGGGGGCUGGAAUCAGCACUGCCUCGGGGAUUCCCGACUUCAGGGGGCCCAAUGGUGUCUGGACUAUGGAAGAGAAGGGGCUCUCCCCAAAAUUUGACACCACCUUUGAGAAUGCCAGACCCUCCAAGACUCACAUGGCGCUGCUGGGGCUGCAGAGGGUCGGCAUCCUGAAAUUCCUGGUCAGCCAGAAUGUGGACGGCCUUCACGUGCGUUCAGGAUUCCCACGGGACAAGCUGGCUGAGCUCCACGGGAACAUGUUUGUGGAAGAGUGCGUGAAAUGCGGCAAGCAGUACGUGCGGGACGCGGUCGUGGGCAGCAUGGGGCUGAAGCCCACAGGCAGGCUGUGCAGCGUCACCAAAGCCCGGGGGCUGCGGGCCUGCAGAGGGAAGUUAAGAGACACCAUUCUGGACUGGGAAGAUUCUCUGCCUGACCGUGACCUCACGCUGGCGGACGAAGCCUGCAGGAAAGCUGACCUCUCCGUCACUCUGGGGACCUCUCUGCAGAUCAAACCCAGUGGCAACCUCCCGCUGAUCACAAAGAAGAGAGGAGGGAAGCUGGUCAUAGUCAACCUACAAGCAACCAAACACGACAGACAGGCCGACCUGCGCAUCCACGCCUACGUCGAUGAUGUCAUGACGAAGCUGAUGAAGCAUUUGGGGCUGGAGGUCCCGGAGUGGACGGGGCCAGUGGUGGUGGAAAGCGCUGAGCUCGCCAAGCCCGAACAGCUCUUCAAAUUUGAGCCCGGGGCUCGCGGGCUGCUGAAGGAAGAGCCCCUCUCCCAGCACAACGGCACGGGUGGGCUCUGCCCUGACCUUGGGACCACGCUGGUGGAGCACCGUGACAGUCUGAAGCAGGAGCGUCCCAGCCCGGACACGGGGCCAACCACGGUGAAGAAGAUGAAGGUGGAGCCUCUCCUCACCUGACCCAGACUGUUCCCUGUCUGUCUAGACACUCGUCUGUGCCGCUUUUCCUACCGACUUUUUUUUAUACCCUUAAACACUGUCCCUUUUUUUAAUGUAAGUAUUAAAUACACUUGAAUCGCGUGUGGUGGGGCAGCUGCACCGCCCUGGGAAGGGAGCUGCCUGCCUGAAACGGUCCGAGCAUCCAGUUCCUGCUCUGUGAGGAGGCGGCUGUGGGGUCCAGCAGGCUCAGAGCGGCGAGGGGCGAAGGCUGGGACGAGCCCCUGCGAUCUCUGGGCUAAGAUCUGCCCGCAGAGCCGGCCCCGGGCGCGCCGGUGAUGCAGGGGAUGUCGCUGGGUGCUGGAAGGGGACGGGCGCUGGCCGAAUCCUGACCUGGCGCAGGGCCGGGAGCUGUGGGAUGCUGCCCUGGCCCUGCUGCCCUCCCCUCUGCCUGCGGCUGUGCCCACCGCUCCCGGGGCAGCCCUGGGCUGGGUCUGGCCACGUGUCCCAGCUCUGCUGGACCCCCUUGCCUCAUGGCAGCUGGGCUGGAGGUGGCCCUGCCCCAAGGAUCCUUAACACCUUGUGGAUCACCCCGUAUUAAACUAAAGCAGGUGGAUUUUUUU